AUGUACUGGACAAGCGAGCACGAUGUCCUGUUAUGCAGAGAGGUUGUUUCCGAGAAUCCGUUCAAAACAAGAAAGGGUUCGUCGCAAAGAAGCGAAAUUUGGGAUAGAAUAGCCAACACUUUGAAUACCUGUCCCAAGCCUGUCUUUUCUGUGGAUAAAAGGUCCGUAAGGGAUCAUGUGGGUAUUCUAAUUAACCGAAUCAAAAAGAAAUUGAGAGCUGAGGAAAGGAGCUCGGGCAUCGCGCCGCCCGAGCCCACAGAACUUGAAAACUUGGUGAAAGAAAUUAUGGCUCUCGAAGAAACAGCUGAUGCAGAAAUGAAAGAGGACGACGAAAGUGUGAAAGGAAAGGCUGAAAAAGAGAAGGCAAAGGCCACAGAUAUGAGACUUAAAGCACUUGAGAAAGUGUCGGAGACGAUGAAGAGACAUUCAGGCGAAAUUGAUCAGGAAAAGGUAAAGAAAAGAGAACGGAGAAGCGGCAGCGAGACCAUGUUGUUCCUGUCCAAAAAAGCGGAAAAAGACCAGGAACUUAAACUUGAGGAACUCCAGCAAAAAAAAGAGCAACACGAUUUGGAUGCAAAACGUCUGCAGGCGAGCAUUGAUCAGCAACGCCAGUUUCAGCAACAACAAAGUGAAAUGAUGCGUCUAAUGCAAGAACAACAACAACAGCAGCAACAGCAACUCUUGGCGUAGCCUGCUAGCAAGCUCUCCUGUUUGGGCGAGUAAAACGGGUCUCGCGAGAACGUGCGAGCGAGCGGCGAAGCCGCGAGGGGCAGAGGAAAGGAGAGCUUGCAACCAUCCCUUACAAAUUUUCAUUUGUACUUCGCCCAGACGAAGGGAAAUACCAUUGGCUGAAAAAUGACGUUCCGGAAAUCAAAGUUGAUUGAUAACAGGCCUAGCUGGCACCCGCUUCGUCUGUGUGUCAAAUUUGGUUCUCAGGGGGAUCAGAUUGGUACGGAGAACUUGUUUCAGCCCUCAAUGCAGACGGGCUCGUUAAUUCUCGCAAAGAGAAUAUUGCAUGUCGAGGAUAAGUCGGAGCGAGUUUGUAGUUCUUGUGGAAGGAAAAUGAAAACCCUUCACCAGUUGUAUUCAUUUGUGUUAAGCGCCUUGUUUAGUUCUGAAAACCGGCAGAGUGAAAGUGAAGAGUGAUUAAAGCGCUGUCUUCCAACAUCGGUUUCUUCGCCCGAUUGAAUUCUGCUGGGUAGAAAAAUUCAGAAACAUGUACUUGACAGUGUAGCUGUGUAGCUUGACCGUAAAGAAGGAAAAGAGAAAGAGUUGGAAGCAACUGGAGUAAACCUUAAGAGCAUCAAGUGCAGGAAAACGCUAUUCUCCAGUUCCAGACGGACAAAUAAUUUUUUGUUGGUGAUUGCGAUGGGGAGUAGUCUUCUACACUGCAGUAUGGACGACUUUUCAAAGGUAAACGAAGUAAAGAAUCAAAGUAGUGAGUUCUUAUCCGAGCAGACACGUUGAAGUUCGAUGUCCCCGUGAAAAAAAAAAACAUAUCAGUGAUUAAAAACAUUGCCUUGAUGCUGUUGCGAAAGCGAUUUAUAAAUAAAUAAUUCUACGCUACUUGACAGGCGGUUGUCACUUUUGUAAUCUGCGGCACGUUUGCGGUGACAGUUUUCACGCUUUGCGGAGUCCCGGGGUUUCCGGGGUGGAAAUGAAAAUUUGUAAGGGAUGGUUGCAAGCUCUCCUUUCUUCGGCCCCUCACUCGCGCGUUCUCGCGAGGCUCGCUUCGCUUGCCCAAAUCGCGCGUUCUCGCGAGGCUCGCUUCGCUUGCCCAAAUAGGAGAGCUUGCUCGCAGGCUACUCUUGGCGUCACAACAACUGAUGUUGAGACAGCAACAAGACCAAUCUAAAGCACUGAUGAGUUUGUUGGAAAAACUUGUGAACAAACAGCUACCUAAUUCACUUAAAAUUCACCAGUAUUGCUGGUAUAGCUGUCGCUUGAUUUUGAAAACCAGUUUGUAUAUUGUAUUAACUAUUGUCUUUGUUUUGACAAGAGUCACGACCAACGUUUUCUGUCAGCGAUCAAUGUUUGUAUUUCAACAGUGGCACCGCAUUUUUCUUGUGCCGAGGAGCCCACCUUUUGUUUUGUCCUAUUUGCAGUUAUCUCAUUGUAUGGUGGCAUAUUAG